AUGAGCGACGAACAUGAAGCAGCCGGUGGUUUAGAUGACGAAUUGUCGUUGCCUAAAGAAUUUAUCCAUUUAAUUGCGUCUGAAGCAAAUGAAAUAUGUGAAAAGGAAUCGAAAAAAACAAUUGCCGCAGAACACGUGAUUUCGGCACUUCAGGCACUAGGAUUUGAAAAUUAUCUCAGCGAAGUACAAGAAGUGUUUAAGGAGCACAAAAAAUUACAAAAGGAUCGUGAUAAAAAGAGCUCGCGUCUUGAAAAUUCUGGUAUGACUGAAGAAGAGUUAUUGCGGCAGCAAGAAUUAUUGUUUGAACAAUCUCCGGGCUAUCAGACUGUCAAAGACCUGAAAGAGACUACACCAAUUGAGCUAAGUAAAGAACUGGAAAUAUCCACUGAAGAGGCCCUAGAUAUCCUUCAACAUUGCCAAAAAAGUCAUACCAUAGUUAGAUCAGUAUCCGCGUCAGAGGCAUUACAACGUGAUCUGGAUCGAUGUCCGAUAUUUACGUCUUGUGAAGCGAUUGAUAAACUGUUUGGGGGUCAUGGUGUGCCUAUUGGAAAAAUAACAGAGUUCUGUGGGGCCCCUGGCAUCGGAAAGACACAGCUUGGAAUACAACUAUCAAUUAAUGUUCAAAUACCAAAAAAUUUAUCUGGUCCUGGUGGAGAGGCAAUCUAUAUUGAUACGGAAGGCAGUUUUAUCGCUCAACGGGCACAAGAAAUUGCUACCGCUACCGUCCAAUCUCUCAGUGAAAAAUCUACAGAGCCAUUGAUAGACGUCGAGACUAUUCUCUCUCGAAUCCAUUACUUUCGAAUACACGAUUAUAUUGAACUCUUGGCUGUGGUGAAAAUUCUCGAUGAUUAUCUAAAAGAGCAUUCUAAUGUGAAAUUAGUCGUAAUAGAUUCUAUCGCUUUCCAUUUUCGACAGAAUUUUAGUGAUAUGGCGUUGCGCACGAGAUUGUUGAACGGGUUAGCACAAGAUCUUACGAAACUUGUAGAUUCUUUUGAGCUUGCGGUUGUGAUACUAAAUCAGAUGACCACGAAAUUUGGCGUAAACAGCGGGACUAUUCUAACCGAUAAACCAGUCCUAGUUCCAGCCUUAGGCGAGAGUUGGUCUCAUCAGUGCAACAAUCGGGUCAUACUUUAUUGGAGAGAUGAUAUCCGAUACGCGCAUUUAGUUAAAUCGUCGAAUCUUCAAGAGGGAACUGUUCCGUACAAAAUCACAUCUCAAGGUGUAAGGGAUGUUCUGGAACCAGAGUACGUUCCACACGAAGAAUCCCACGAAUCAAUUAAUCGUAAAAGAAUGCGAGAACAAUUUCAAGGAGAAGAACAAGAAUUGAGUAAACGUCAUUUGGUAGAAACAGAGUAG